AUCCGCAACAAUUAUCAUCAACGACAUCAUCGUUGUUGUUGCAUAAUAAUCAACAACAACAACAAAAACAACAACAACAACAAAGACAAGUAUUACCACCGGUUACAUAUGAACAAAUACAAAAAAAUCGUUUUAUACAUGGUUCAAAUAUAUUUGGUGAAUCAUUUUUUAGCCAAAAUGAAUUGGAACGUUUUUUUCCAAAUCAUAAAAUACGUUUAUCAAUUAUAACAUGGAAUAUGGGUUCAAAACCACCAAAUGAUUAUAAUCAAUCAUUACAAGAAUUAUUACAUUUGAAACCAUAUCAACCAAUAAAAUAUGGACAAUUAAAUUUACCUGAAAUAUUUGUAAUUGGUUUACAAGAAACACCAAAUUCCGAAAUGAUUGUUAAUAGUUUAAAAGUUGGUAUACAAGCAGUAUUAGGACCAAAUUAUUGUCUAUUACGUUGGUCAUCGGUUGGUGUUUUACAUAGUUCAAUUUGGUUACGUAGAGAAUUAUUAUGGUCAUGUACAACGGUUAAUAUGAUACCAGUACAUAUGCGGCCAAUGGCUGCUAAUCGUAUACGUACAAAAGGUGCUAUUGCAUUAUCAUUUAGUUUAUUUGGUACAUCAUUUUUAUUUAUAAAUACACAUUUAACUGCACAUGAAAUUAAUCUCAGGUCACGUAUGAAUCAAUUGGAUAAAGUACAACAGAUUUUAAAUUUAAGAAAUCAAUCAAAAUCAAAAUCGGAAAUUAAUUUAGCAACAACAACAACAGGAACAACAAACUCAACAACAGCAACAACAAAUUCAAUCAACAACAACAACCGUAAUAAUAAUAAAAAAAAUCAUCAACAACAACAACAACAAAAUUCAUCAGAAUUUAUAUUCUGGUUUGGUGAUUUAAAUUUUCGUUUAGAAUUACCGAUUGAUAUUGUUAUGGAUGCAAUACGUCGUAUUACGAAUACAAAUAAUUCAGAAACAAAAGAUACAUAUCUACGUAAAAUGAUGCGUUCAGAUCAGCUAAGUAAUCUAAUGAAUAGAGGUAUUAUAUUUAAUGAAUUUAAUGAAGCACAAUGGCCACCACCAUUUUUACCAACAUAUAAAUGUCGUAUUAAUCAUCCAUUAAAUGAUUCAUUUGAUUCAAAUCCAAUUGAUCAUAAUAUGGAUGAUGAUAAUAUUGUAAAUAGUUAUAAUUAUGAAUCUGGUCGUGUACCAUCAUAUACUGAUCGUAUUUUAUAUCGUACAAAAUUAUCAUCAUCAUCAUCCGCAAAUCAAUUAAUUAAUGGAGAUGAUAAUGAUAAAAAUAAUGUUUUUAUAAAAUGUAUUUAUUAUAAUUCAAUAUCAAAUAUAAUUAGUUCGGAUCAUAAACCUGUUUAUGGUUUAUUUGAAGUAAAAUUAGAUGCCGGUUAUUAUCCAAUGUCAAAAUUACAACAAUCAUCAACAACAUCAGCAAUGAAACAUUUUACGCAAUUGAUUGAUGAAAUAUAUUUGGAAAAAGAAAAAUCAAAUAGUAAUGAACAACAGCGACAAAAACUACAAAAACAAUCAUCAUCAUCGGGUGAUUUAACAAAUAUAGAAUCAAUGAAUCAGCAACAGAAUCAAACAAAACAUCGACGAAAUCAUUUUCGUCGUCUUGUUGAUCGUCAUGUUUUUAAAAAAUCUAAAUCCAAAUUAUUGAAUGAUAAUAACAGCAGUAACAGUAACAGUAACGGUAAUGAAAAUGAUAAAAUUCUUGAUAAUCUUGAUAUAAUGGAUAUGAUUAUGAUGAAUCAAAAUGAAAAUGAAUCAACAUCGAUUGCAAAUCAUCGUCAAUGGUCAAAUCGUAUUGGCCAAUUGAAUGCAGGUGCUUAUGAACGAAAAAUCUAUAUGGAAGGUAUGCGUUUACGUAAUAAUCUAAUGCAAAGUUCAAGUAUGGAAGAAAUACGUUAUAAUACAACAAUUAUGAUGAAUAAUGCAGUGAAUACUAUACGUAUGAAACAACAAAAAAAUCAAAAAUUAUUAGAACAAAAUGGUAAUCAAAAUCAACAAAAUCAACAUCAACUAUUUAAAUCACAUUCAUUAGAAUCAAAUCAUUUUAUAAUAAUGAAUGAUAAAAAUGAACAACAACAACAACAACAACAACAACAACAAUCAGCAAAUUCAAAUUCCAAACAACAACAACAACAAAAAUCAUCAGGAAUAAGUAAAAAAGAAUUGAAAAAUCGUAAAAAAGAAAAUAUUAAUGAUCAUAAUAGUCGUAUCUGUUGUAUUAUGUAAUAAUUUCCGAAAAU